GUUGACUGUCGCGCUUGGGGUUUUUUUUUUUUUGCUUCCGCCCUGCUUGAACAUGACUUUUUGUUCAACGUGCAGCUAAAAGAAGCAGUUUCAUUCAAUUAAUAUCAACAUAACUCUAAAAACGGUAACAGCAAUGUCGCUGUAUGAUGACCUCGGCGUGGGUGCAAGUGACACCAAGACCGAGGGAUGGUCGAAAAACUUCAAGCUGCUGCAGUCCCAGCUGAAGGUGAAGAAGGCAGCCCUGACCCAAGCAAAGACCCAUCGGACCAAGCAGACUACCGUUUUGGCCCCUGUCAUUGAUCUAAAGCGAGGAGGUCCCAGUGAAGACCGACAAAUCCCAGACACUCCUCCACAUGCUGCUGCUGGACUCAAGGAGGCCGCGCCCGGCGGCUUCUCCUCCGGAGAUGUGCUGAUCCCACUCGCCGACGAGUACGACCCAAUGUUUCCCAACGACUAUGAGAAGGUGAUGAAGCGGCACAGGGAAGAUCGACAGCGGCAGAGGGAGCAGGAGCGCCAGAAGGAGAUUGAGGACAGAGAAAAGAAAAGGAAAGAGAGACAUGAAGGAGCAGCCCCAAGCGGCUUCUCGAGAUUUCCAGCAGCAGAGGAGGACUCUGAAGAGGAGGAAGAUUAUGAAAAGGAGCGGCGAAAACGAAGUAUGGGUGGUGCUGCCAUCGCUCCGCCUUCAUCUCUUGUGGACAAAGACGGUUCAUCAGCAUACCCAUUUGAGGACGAAGGUCGUCCCGGCAGAGGCUCAAAGGCCGCCAUCCCUCCGCCCAUGUACGAGGACUCGGACCAGCCGCGUUCCCCGCCCGGACCGACCAGCUCCUUCCUGGCUAACAUGGGGGGGACCGUGGCACACAAAAUCAUGCAGAAGUACGGCUUCAAGGAGGGCCAGGGCCUGGGCAAGCACGAGCAGGGCCUGAGCACGGCGCUGUCUGUGGAGAAGACGAGCAAAAGAGGUGGCAAGAUCAUCAUCGGUGACGCGGCGGAAAAGCCAGGGGCGCAGCCGCCAGUUGCUCCUGAGACCUCCGGAGGAGCAGCCGAUUCCAAGAAGUCCGAUGCAAACCCGCUGACCGAGAUACUCAAAAGCCCCACCAAAGUGGUCCUGCUCAGGAACAUGGUGGGCCGAGGAGAGGUGGACGAGGACUUGGAGGGGGAGACCAAAGAAGAGUGCGAGAAAUACGGCAAAGUGAUUAAAUGCGUCAUCUUCGAGAUUGCCGAAGUGCCCGACGACGAAGCCGUCCGAAUAUUUCUGGAGUUUGAAAGGGUGGAGUCGGCCAUCAAAGCUGUGGUGGAUCUGAACGGACGUUAUUUCGGCGGACGGGUUGUCAAGGCCUGCUUCUACAAUCAAGAUAAAUUUCGGGUUUUUAACCUGGGCGAGUAGUCACGAGGCCAUCAUCCCCCCCGUCAUGUACAUACACCCUUUUUCUAUUUUCCCGUUUGUGUACGAAUCAUGUGUAGGUUAACUUUUUUGUUGUAGUUCUGAGAUGAGAAAUACCUUUUGUCUCAAUGGAAUAAAGGGUUGAAAUAUAUAAUCUGA